CACGCAUGGCCACACGCGUGAAACCCUAGAUUUCUCAACUCCCCCUUUCUCUCCUUCCUCCUCCUUCUGCACACACGAAUCUCUUCUCAGAUCACCGGAAUCCCCAACCGGAGCCCUAGAAACACAGACACUAUCAGUCUCUCUUCACCACCUCACAUCGUCGAACCUCUCAGUGAUCUCCUCCUUCGAUUCCACCCAAAAAUUUCAUUUUUGAGCCGCCAGGAAAAAGAGAUCUGGUAAAACGUCAAUUUUAGGGUUUUUAUUGAUGGGAUUUUCUUUAAUCAGUCCAAUUUUUUAAGAAAUUCCAAGUUCAAUUUCGUAAAUUAUUGAUUGAAUUCGUUAAUGGCACAACAACACGAGAAAUUCGGUCCGUUUGGUGUAGUUACGACAACGGAACACCACCACGAAGAUGCAGAAGAAGAGGAAGAAGAAGAAGAUGUUGAGAUGAGAGACGAAGGAGAAGAAGAGGAAGAAAGAAACGGGAAUUCAAAUAAUACUCCGUCGACACCAACAACGGCGGGUGGUGGAAUAAGGAGGAGUAGACCAAAAGAAGAAAAAGAAAGAACAAAAUUAAGAGAAAGACAUAGAAGAGCAAUAACAGCAAAGAUAUUAACAGGAUUAAGAAGACAUGGUAAUUAUAAUCUAAGAGUAAGAGCUGAUAUUAAUGAUGUUAUUGCUUCUCUUGCUAGAGAAGCUGGUUGGGUUGUUCUUCCUGAUGGCACUACUUUCCCUUCUUCUUCCUCCACCUCCUCUCAGGCAACAAAACCAUUAACAACAGUAACAAAUGCAGCGGCAUUAAUGAGUACUAGUAAUCAAAUGGGUGGUGGUGGUGGUACAACACCAGUAACGCCAAGUAUAAUUGGUGUUAGAAAUUCGGUUCAUAAUCGAUCAGCUGGUCGAAUGAAGACUGUUUUUGUACCGAGUAGUGUUGAUGUUAGUACUAGUAGAAGUAGUACGAUUGCUAAUGCGGUGGUGGGUGAUCAAGCUGGAGAGAAAGUUAAUGAUGAUUCGUCGGCUCUUAUUGAUGGUUGUAUGGAGGUUGUGGAUAUUAAGGAUAUGAAUCCUGAUGGGAUAAUGGAUAUAACAACAAACUUUCAGGAAAGGGAUUUUGCCAGCAGCCCGUAUGUUCCAGUUUAUGUGAUGCUACCUCUGGGCAUCAUCAAUUCGAAGUCCGAACUGGUUGAUCCAGAUGGUUUGUUAAAACAGCUGAGGACCUUAAAAUCGAUUAAUGUCGAUGGUGUGAUGGUUGAUUGUUGGUGGGGUAUUGUAGAGGCACAUGCUCCGCAAGAGUACAACUGGUAUGGUUAUAAAAGACUCUUUCAACUUGUCCGUGAUCUCAACUUAAAGUUGCAGGUCGUAUUGUCAUUCCAUGAAUGCGGAGGCAAUGUUGGAGAUGAUGUCUGCAUUCCUUUGCCUCACUGGGUAGCAGAAGUUGGUCGCAACAAUCCUGACAUUUUCUUUACGGAUAAGGAGGGAAGGCGGAACCCUGAAUGUCUUUCUUGGGGGAUAGACAAGGAGCGUGUUUUGAGAGGUCGGACAGCUGUUGAGGUAUAUUUUGAUUACAUGAGAAGCUUCCGUGUAGAAUUUGAUGAAUUCUUUCAACAAGGAGUAAUUUCUGAAAUUGAAGUUGGAUUGGGACCAUGUGGGGAGCUGCGCUACCCAUCGUACCCUGUAAAGCACGGAUGGAGGUACCCAGGCAUUGGGGAAUUCCAGUGUUAUGACAAGUACCUGAUGAAGAACUUGACAAAAGCGGCAGAGGCAAGAGGACACUCUUUUUGGGCUCAUGGACCUGAAAAUGCAGGUUGUUACACUUCACAACCACAUGAGACCGGGUUCUUUUGUGAUGGAGGUGACUAUGAUAGCUACUAUGGACGAUUCUUCCUCAACUGGUAUUCACAAAUAUUGAUUGAGCAUGCUGAUCGUGUACUGUCCUUGGCCAAGUUGGCCUUUGAAGGAACCAGUAUAGCUGUGAAGUUAUCAGGAGUCCACUGGUGGUAUAAGACGGCAAGCCAUGCUGCUGAGUUGACUGCUGGGUUUUAUAACCCAUGCAAUCGUGAUGGAUAUUCAGCAAUUGCGGCAAUGUUAAAGAAACAUGAGGCUGCACUGAACUUCACGUGUGUUGAACUUCGUACUUUAGAUCAAGCAGAAGACUUCCCAGAAGCACUUGCAGACCCAGAGGGUUUGGUUUGGCAGGUACUGAAUGCUGCAUGGGAUGCUUCCAUUCCCGUGGCCAGUGAGAACGCUCUGGUUUGCUAUGAUCGUGAAGGGUACAACAAGAUACUAGAAAAUGCCAAGCCAUUAAAUGAUCCAGAUGGAAGACACUUGGUCGCAUUCACAUACCUUCGGCUGUCUUCUUAUCUUAUGGAGGAGCCGAAUUUCGAGGAAUUUGCACACUUUGUGAAGAAGAUGCAUGGAGAAGCAGUUUUGGACCAGUAAUCGUAAUGUGAGGAUCAUCAAGGCUAUAUGUGAUCUAACUAAUGAAUAUCAGUAUCUUCUGUUGACGAAGUAUUGUUUCUUCGUUUGCAGUUUUGUAAGAAUAUAUUACCGUUACUACUCAAGGAUGGAUCUGGGGAUGUUUCCCACCUGUAAAUCAUAUAUCCUUUACAAGAGAUAAGAAAUUAAAGAUAUCCAGCUAGCCUUCAGUUCUUUUUUGUUUUGUAAUUGAUUACGUAUUUAUAAUUUAAGAAGAACUUGAAGAGUUGUCAACAA